AUGGCAGAAACCCCUUUUUUAUCAUUAUUUUUCUUAAUUUACUUCAUCUCUGCUGUAUCAGCAAGAUUACAGAUUUCUGAUAUGUCCUUUUUUGAAAUAAGAGAGUACAUCCCUUACAUUGUGGUCACUAUUAUACUUUUAAUCCUUAUAAUUCUAACACAUAAAUGCGACGCAUAUUGGUUAAAUAAAGUAAUCUUCUAUAUCUUGCUGAUAUUCUUAUGUUUAAUUUUUCCGCCCAUAUUUUUUUAUGCAACGGAAGGUUUCAGCAAAGCAACAAUAGCUUUAAUAAGUGUCAGUAGUGCAGGAAUAGUAUCAUUGAUAAUAGGAUUAUUUAUAAGACAGAUUAGUCAUCCGGAGUUAAUUAGACACAAAACUUGGUUUGAUACUCCUCCAUUAAAUUCUCCACUACACUCUGGGCAGUUAUUGUCAUUACAAACUAUCGAUUCUAUAUUUGUUGGGGUCGGUUCUAUGAUAAUCUUCGGCAUCUUUGCCUAUUUGAUUGUAAUUUUUUUUAUGUCUGGUUUUGACAUUAAAAUUUAUGUUCCAUUUAUAGUUAUUCUUCUAUUAUUUCUAUUAUUAAUAUGUUUAGUAAUUUGUUAUCAGUUCAAUGAAGCUGUAUAUUAUAGAAUAGUUAUUGUUUUGGCUACUAUUUUAGGCGGAAUAGGUUAUUAUAUACUGUUUUAUAGUAUUUUAAAAGAAGUUAACAGAAUUUCACUUUUAUUAUUUUGGGCAGAUUUAUGGCUUAUAUUAUUGAGCACUUACACUAUAGUUUUAAUUAAAAGUGGUAGUGUGAUUCCUAGUAUUUUUGAGAUUAAAGGCCAUAAUGAGAUUCCUAGGCCUUUUGUGUCUCAUUUUAAAUGUAUUAUUCGGGUUUAA